AUGCCGACUUUUGCCUUGGCAAUCACACGAGACGCAGCGAAUUCCAGCGACCUCAGAUGCGGCGCUGCAGUCAGUCCCGACUUCAUGGCGCUGUCCAAACGACUUGCACAGGAAGAGGCCGGUGAAUCGAUGCUAGGCCUGAGAUCUGUCGAAAAGAUCAAGGUUGAUGUGUAUAUACACAUCGUCGCAGGAUCGCAGGAUGACACAGCAGGGAAUUUCAGCGACGACGUCGUUCAAAAGCAGGUUGCAGUCCUCAGUGCCGACUAUGCACCGGCCGGCAUAUUCUUCAGCUUAAAGAACGUCGAUCGAACCAGCAACGCCGAAUGGGCGAACGGUACUGAUCUUCACGGCAUGUGGAAUCAGCUUCGCAAAGGCAACUAUGGAGACCUAAACCUCUACUUUAUUCCCACACUCCCAUAUUAUGGCUUCUGCUCGAUGCCAGCAGCGGGCGACGACCUCGUGGACGGCAUCUGGGAAGAUGGCUGUACGAUCCGCUCGGAUACUGUCCCUGGCGGCAGUGCAGUCAACUAUAACCUGGGCAGGACAGUGACGCAUGAGGUCGGGCACUGGUUCGGGCUAUGGCACACUUUCCAAGGGGGUUGCGAUGGCGACGGCGACUUUGUUGGCGAUACGCCUGCGCAAGCGGUUGCGUCAACAGGAUGCCCCCCGGACGGGCAAGAUUCCUGUCCUAACCAACCAGGCUCGGAUGCCAUUCACAACUUUAUGGAUUAUUCAUGGGAUGCCUGCUAUAGAGAGUUCACACCCGGCCAGAUCAAUCGGAUGAGGAAAGUCUGGUACGCAUAUCGAGCAUGA